AGGUUCCGCGACGAGCUGCGCAUGCUACUGCGGCCGAUGUUCUACCCGGCGCUGGUGCUGGUGGUGGUGGCGCGCCUCUCCUCGCUGGCCUAUUGGCUGCUGGGCCCCGCGCUCGUCUGGGAGCGCGCCGACCAGCUCACCGACAUCCAGGCGCUGGGCGUGGUGGCGAUGGGCGGCGUGUCUGACAUGGCGCUGGCGUGGGCGUGGCCUUGGCUGCGACCGCUGGACGUGAGGGUCAAGGCGCGCGUGCUGGCGCUCGCCGCAAUCUGGUCCGCCAUCGGCUUCGUCGGGCUGAGCGGCGGGACGGCGUCGCGCAGCGUGGCCUGGCUGCAGCUGAGCGUGCUGGCGGCGCGCGCGGGGCUGGCGGCGGCCGAGGCGCUCAACCGAGCCUUCCUGCUCGACACGCUGGGAGUCACCCACUGCACGCACGCGCUCUCGCCCAUCGACGCCCUCACCGGCCUGCUUGUGCUGCUCGCCACCCUCGGCGUCGUCUUAAUGACCCGUGUACACCAAGGUGUUCGCGGCGCUGGCGUGGAUGAAUAUGGCCGCGUCGCUGGCAGUCGUCGCCCUGUACUUCGGCCUGGUGCUGCGGCGGCGGCGCGGAGGGCGAUGAGGGCGCGCGCGGCGGACGCGGGGCGCACUACUCGACCCCAGGGACGCACGCACGCGGCAGCAUUGAGGCCCCCGUCCUGCGGUGAGAAAGCACGCGAGGCCAGAGCAGGCACCUCUCGUGUGUGCUUCGAGGUGCAAUACGGAUCUGCUUUAUACCCACGAACUAUUUGGACAGCUCAAGGUCAUCCGCUGCUACGUUUUCGUCACCAUUUUCCCCUCCGCCGCCUUAUUUCGCCUCUAGGUAUUACCCUCCUCCCUCUGCCGCCCUCAACAGCCUGGGUGAAGACCAUUGAAUCCCCCAGUGUUCGACUCUCGGAGCACGGACGAUUGAUAUUGGAACACAGAUAAGGGGAGAGGAAGAGUGAUGCGAAAAUAGAGCCCUCCUCGAAGUGGAUUUUGAGUCAUCCAAAUUUUCUACUGGUUCAAUUGUGUUGGUGCUUGGAACCCUAAAAAGAGGGUUUGUCAACAUGUGUGCAGACAUUUUGUACGACGAAAGGAUUUCAAGUGAAUAGUGCUGGAACGUAUACAAUACAGACCAAGAAAGUGCUCCGUAUGCUCAAUCAUGCAUAAAUUUUUCUUGCACCAGUUUCGGGGCUGAAAUUUCCGAGAAGAGUUUAGACAAUUUGUGGAAUGCAAAUGACACAUUUGGCAGUGCGUACCAUAACCAUAUAUGUGGAUACUCUGUUUAGAAUCUAAAUAUGUGUAAGUUAUGUUUUACUGAUGUCAAGCAGAAACUAAUUCCAUUAAUUAUUGUAAAAUUCUGAUUGCAAUGAAAUAUAUUACAAUUAUAUUA